AGAAAACUCACCAGGGCAUAGAGCUGGAUUGGAGCCAUUCUUUGAUUUCAUCGUGUCCAUUAAUGGUUCAAGAUUGAAUAAAGACAAUGACACUCUCAAGGACCUGUUGAAAGCAAACGUUGAAAAACCUGUAAAAAUGCUAGUGUACAGUAGCAAAACACUGGAACUGAGAGAAACAUCAGUGACUCCCAGCAACAUGUGGGGUGGACAGGGUCUGCUGGGCGUGAGCAUCCGUUUCUGCAGCUUUGAUGGGGCCAAUGAAAACGUAUGGCAUGUUUUGGAAGUGGAACCAAAUUCUCCUGCUGCAUUAGCUGGACUUAGACCUCAUAGUGACUAUAUCAUUGGAGCAGAUACUGUCAUGAAUGAGUCUGAAGAUCUCUUUUCCCUUAUUGAAACGCACGAAGCAAAGCCAUUAAAACUUUAUGUGUAUAACACAGACACAGAUAGUUGUCGGGAAGUGGUGAUUACUCCAAAUUCUGCGUGGGGUGGAGAAGGCAGCCUAGGAUGUGGCAUUGGUUAUGGAUAUUUGCAUAGGAUACCUACACGCCCAUUUGAAGAGGGAAAGAAAAUUUCUCUCCCAGGACAGUUGCCUAGUGCAUCUCUCAGUCCCCUCAAAGAUGGCUUCACAGAGGUUCAGCUGUCAUCAGUUAAUCCCUCAGCCACAUUACCGUCUGGGUCAGCAGGCCUUGAACAGAGUCUUUCAGGACUUUCUAUUAGCUCACCCUCAACUACUGUCAGUAACGUUCUCAGUACAGGUGUUCCAACAGUUCCAUUAUUACCACCACAAGUUAGUCAGUCCCUUACCCCUGUGCCACCAGUUAACCCAGCAACUACAUUACCGGGUCUGAUGCCAUUACCAGCAGGGCUCCCCAACCUGCCUGAUCUGUCCAAACUUAAUUUACCUGCACCACACAUUGUUCCGGAAAUCAUACAGCCUGGUUUGCCAUCCCUUCCCUCAUUGCCGCCUCUGAAUCUAAUGGGAAUAACACCUCUGUCAAUGCCACCCAAAUGCGUUCCUCUGCUUCCUUUGGUCACAGAGGCAUCUACGGUGCCUACAGAUUUGCUUCCAUCCAUUACUCAAGCCGGAAGCUUUUCCGUCGACCCUGGCACUACUGUAAAUGUAGAACAGACCUCUACACUCACCUUGGAUAGUGCUGCCCCAGCUUCUAAGGCAACUAUUGUUGACGGAUCAAGUGAAUCCUCUACAGUUAAUGAGAAAGCGUCUGGAGUCACAGAUACACAAGCUUCUGAAUCAUAACUCCAGAUCACUCUGUUGGAUUGGCUUGGUAUUUAUUUAGCCAUGGGAUACAUAUUUGAAGAGCAAGCUAUCAUUAAUUUCAUACUAGUUUGUACUUAAUCUUUAGGAGUCCUGUAAAUAAUAUCGAGGUAUAAUAAAAAUAAAAGGGGGUUUAUAAAAUGUGUGUGGUGGGAGGGGAGGAAGAGUACUUGUAUGUAACCAAAAAA